GAAUGUUAAAAUAUAUCACAAACACAUUUUCAUUGUCUUCUUCGUCGCACAGACCAGCUUCACUCGGGAGAACAGAUUCAGAACUAGAAUGUACGUCAGGGCGGUGCCGCCGGCGGAUCUGAACAAGAACACGGAGUGGUUCACGUAUCCUGGUGUUUGGACCACCUAUAUCUCGAUCCUCUUCUUUUCGUGGCUCAUCGUGUUGUCCAUCUUCGGUUGCUCUCCCGGCUCCGCCUGGACCAUCGUUCACCUCGUCCAUUUCUUCGUCACCUAUCAUUUCUUUCAUUGGAAAAAGGGAACACCAUUUGCUGAUGACCAAGGCAUAUACAAUGGUUUAACAUGGUGGGAGCAGAUAGACAAUGGGAAGCAGCUUACUCGCAACAGGAAGUUUUUGACUGUUGUGCCUGUAGUGUUGUAUCUCAUAGCCUCGCACACAACAGAUUAUCAACAUCCGAUGCUGUUCUUUAACACAUUGGCAGUUUUUGUACUGGUAGUCGCUAAGUUCCCAAACAUGCACAAGGUUCGUAUAUUUGGAAUUAACGCUGAUCGUUGAACUCCAAAUAAAUUCACUUUUUUUUUUUUUUAAUUAUUAAUUUGGUUACUGGGUUUCACCAUUUUUUCAUUCCUAUCCAAAUGUUGUACCCCUGUACAGAUGAUGAAACUGGGAAAGGGUGUGUUACUUUUCUUCCAAUGAAGUGAAUUUGUAUUCCUUCCUUUACAUACUCGGGGAAAACAUGUUUUCAUUGUACUUUGCCUUUCUAUGUAAUACAAGCAACGUGCAAGUGCAGGUUUUUAACCGAUGGGUUUGACCCUAGCUUUUGUACUUAAAAUGAAAUUGACCACAAGGAGCAGAUAUUUCUUGAGAGAAAUUAUUCCAGAAGUAGAAUAGAGGAAGAAUAGUAUCAUAGCAGAAGCUCAAGUCUGCAUUGAUGGCCCUAAUUUUCCCCUUUUGCUUUUGCCUUCAUAGUUAGGUGGUGUUUUCAUUCCUCAG